AAAAACUUGGCUAGUUCUUUCUUAACCUUCUUUGUCGCCAUUGACAUCAUCCCUUCACUAAUCACCAAGGUUUUGUUUGCUCUGCAAACAUGUGUGAGUUAGCCUUGUCAUCAUCUUCAGAAGAGACUCCAAAUAGGAAGAAGAUUGGUUUCUCUUCUCUUCUCCUCUCUGACUUACAUCUCUUUUGCUCAUUCAUCUUCUCACACCCUUUCUAUUUCUCUUACUUGCUCUUCUUUUCACCUUACAUCUUCAAGAUUCUCUCUUUUCUUUCACCACUUUUUGUUACCACCACACUCUUGCUUCUUGCCUUAUUGAGUACUUUGCACAGUACUUGUCCUGAUUCUGAAUCAUUAGAAACACAACCAAGCUUCCUUUUCUCCUUUUUUUGUAAGCUUGGAAGUGUCUUGGAACACAAGUUUGAGGUUAACGAUGAGGGUUUUAGGUCCUUGGAAGUGUUGGAAGCGUAUAAGCUGGUCGUUGAGGCUUGCUCUAUGGAACUUGCGUCCGAGAAUGAGAUAUGUCCGGAUGAAUUGAUGUUUGUUGACAAAUUCUGUAGCCAUGAGAGCAAGGUGUCCGAAGCUUUGACCGAUGAGGAGCCAGCUGAGAUCAAACCGUUGAAGUUUGAGGAUCUGAUUGAUUUGGAGAAAGAAGUGGAAACCAAGAAAUGUGAACAGGAAGAAGAAGAAGAACAUAAAGUCAAAACCAAAAGUGAAGCUGUCCUCGAUAAGGGAGAAGAGCCGACAAAAGAAGAAUCCAAAGUUCAAAAAGUUGACCUUGUCGGAGAUAGUAAUGAUGAAAGCAAUGAUCUCCCAAAACUAAGCGAUUUUCUCGGAGAAGGGAAGAGAGACAAAGUGACUAAGAAGAAGGAAGAAGAAGAAGAUGAAGAAGAAGACAAUGUUUCUCUCCAAAGCUUUGGAUCAAUGAGGAAAGAGAAAGAAUGGAGAAGAACAUUAGCUUGCAAGCUCUUCGAAGAACGACACAAUGCUGACGUUGGACAAGGCAUGGAUCAGCUUUGGGAGACUUACGAGACACAAACAGAGAAGAAGGAAGAAGAUAAGAAGAAGAAGCUCAAGAAGAAGACAAAGUCGAUGAUGAUGAAGACAAAGAGUAUAGAUCAUAAGGAAGUAAUAGUAGAGGAGGAAGAUGAUGAUGUGGUUGAUCAUCAGCAACUUUGUUGCUUACAGGCUUUGAAGUUCUCAACAGGGAAGAUGCAUUUGGGAAUUGCGAGACCUAACCUUCUCAAACUAUCCAAGGCUUUCAAAGGCAUUGGACGUUUCUACAAUGCUAAUAAGCAUUCCAAGAAAGCUUAAAAAGGAUAUGAAUAAAAACUUUGUGUUAAAUAAUUUCGAAUCUAUAAAUAUAUAUAAGCAACUAGAUGUCUAGAUUUAGUUAUGCUUUUGUAAUUUCCAUAGUUUUGAGGAACUUUUUCUGUAUGCACAAGUUAAUUAAGGGUAAAUGAAACUAAAAUAUGUAA